AUGGCAACUGCUACUUUGGGUUCAUCGACUCUAAUCCAAUCGCAGAUUAAUGGUUUUAUAAAGCCGUCUAUCUCCCAGUGUAACACGCUCUCUUGCACAAGGAGAGCCAUUAGAACAGUCGUGAAGGCUAGUUCUCGAGUUGAUAGAUUCUCAAAGAGUGAUAUAAUUGUUUCUCCAUCGAUUCUGUCUGCAAACUUCUCAAAGUUAGGAGAGCAGGUCAAAGCCGUUGAGGUGGCAGGUUGUGAUUGGAUCCAUGUUGAUGUAAUGGAUGGCCGAUUUGUUCCAAACAUAACAAUCGGACCUCUUGUUGUUGAUGCAUUGCGCCCAGUUACAGACCUCCCAUUAGAUGUUCAUUUGAUGAUUGUGGAACCUGAACAACGAGUCCCCGACUUUAUAAAAGCUGGUGCAGACAUAGUCAGUGUCCACUGUGAACAAUCUUCCACCAUCCAUUUACAUCGCACUAUUAAUCAAAUUAAAAGUCUUGGAGCAAAAGCUGGAGUAGUUUUGAAUCCUGCAACACCAUUAACAACCAUAGAAUAUGUCCUAGAUGUGGUGGAUUUGGUGUUGAUUAUGUCUGUAAAUCCUGGAUUUGGUGGCCAAAGCUUUAUUGAAAGCCAAGUGAAGAAGAUAUCAGAUCUGAGACGAAUGUGUGUGGAGAAGGGUGUGAACCCAUGGAUUGAAGUAGAUGGUGGAGUGGGUCCCAACAAUGCAUACAAGGUCAUCGAGGCUGGGGCUAAUGCGUUGGUUGCUGGUUCUGCUGUUUUUGGAGCUAAAGAUUAUGCUCAAGCAAUAAAAGCAAAAAAAAGACAACAGGGAGAGGAUUCUAUACCAAAUACCACAUUGCUUCAUGAUGUUGUGAGAUUACUCGUAUAAAGAAGAUGGAUAUUGAAAAAUGGCACAAGGUGUGAAAAUGCAAAUGUGUAUAAAAAGUUCCAUUUUUGCCCUUCACUUCUACACCUUGUUUAGCUAACAUUCGAGAGGUCUGGAAAUUGUUAUCAAAUCAUGAUGUAACUGAAACAUAAUAGGGAAUGAAGAAAAAGUGGCAAUUUUAUUAUUUUUUUUUGAAAACUUGAUUGUUAUUGAAUGCAAAGAACCCUAAAGCAUAAAUUAUAUUCCUUAUAAAUUUCACCACAACUACAAACUCUCACAUUGAACAAAAGAUUCUUGUCUGGAUCCUGAAACAUGAAGACCCAAUUCCAGAAGAUCAUCAGAACACUUGAAUGCUGAUUUAUAAUCCCCAUUUUCUCUAUAACCCCUAGCAAACACACCAUAAAUCACAUCAUUUGGGAUCAAACCAAUCUUAACCAUGUCUCCAUGUAACAUCAUCACUCCAUACAUAUGUUUCAUCUUAAAAUGCCACUCUGUAAUCACUGCAUAAACAUCCAAAUCUGCCUUAAAACCAAUCUGUCUCAUGUCUCUAAAAAACUUACCAGCUUUGAAAACUUUCCCAUCAUUGCAAAGUCCUAUAAUCAAUGAUGUGUAAAGAACAUUAUUUGGGUGACAAUUCUCAUUUUCCAAGAAAAUCUUGAUUGCAUCAUUAGUUAAACCAUCUUUGCAUAAUCCAUCGAUCAAACAAGUAAGAGUGAAAACAUUAGGAGUUAAUCCUGACUCCAUCAUCUCCUUGUAGAUCUUUAAAGCCGAUUUUGUAUUGCAAUCUUUAAAAUGGCCAUCAAUCAAAGCAGUGUAAAUCACAACAUCAGGCACAAGAUCUUUGAUCAUCAUUUCUGUGUAUAAACCCAUUGCACCCUCCAUGUUCUUUACCUUACAAUAACCAUCUAUUAAUGUAGAGUAAGUAAUGAUAUUAAUCUCAACACCAUUACUCAUCAUUUCACCACACAACUCAAGAGCUUUCUCCAUGUUUCCUUUCUUUGAGUACCCAUUGAUUAAUGCAUUGUAAACUGCUGAAUUAGCAAUGACUCCCUUUUUAGUCAUUUCUUUUAACAAAAGAUUUGCUUCUUGUAAUCUACCCAUAUUGCAAUGGCCAUUUAUAAGUAUACAGUAAGUGUAAACAUCAUUUGCAAUACCCAAGGUUUCCAUUUCGGAUAACAAAUUAAGGGCUGCAGAAAGAUUUCCUUCUUUACAAUAUCCAUCAAUUAAACAAUUAUAAAUGUGUGAAUUAGGUAUCUCACCAAACUUAAUCAUUUGACUGAGACAACUUUGGGCAGAUAACAUGCUACCCACUUUGCGAAAUGUGUCAAUUAGGAUACCAAAUGUGACAAAAUUUGGGAUCAAACCAGUGAUCAAGAUCUCUUUGUAAAAGUCAAGAGCUUUACUAACAUUUGCCAUCUUACAAUGGCCAUCCAUUAGAGCAUUGUAAGUGUAUAAAUCUGGAGCCACUCCGGCUUUGUUCAUUUCUGCAAACAUGCUUUCGGCUUCUGAUAUUCUACCUUCACAACAUAGCCCACGUAUGAAAGUUGUGUAAAUGACAACAGUCAGGUUCAUACCUCUUUCAAGCAUUUCAUCAAACAGCUUCCGGGCUUUCUUGAUAUCUCCUUGGUGACAACAGGCAUCGAUUAAAAUCCCAUACGUGACAACAUUUGGUGGCAUGUCAUGAGAAGUAAUGUUUUUGUAAGCCUCCCACAUUGAAUUAUACCUCCCCAUUUUCAAAAACCCAUCUAAAAUCCUGUUGCAAACAUGAACAGCAGGCAACUCAUCUGUUUUCUUGAGCACCCAAUACGCCUCAUCCACAAAUCCAAGUUCGGUUAAAGCUAUGAUUAACACUCCAAACACUUUGGUUUUGGGUUUGCUGAGUUCGGGUUGAUCAAGGGCAUGGUAGAGCAAAGAACAUACUCUAUUAGGAGGGCAAGAUCUGUGUAGAGUUUCGAUGAGGUCUUUCAUCAAACACCUGGCCUUCAAGUAUAACCUUGCAUUGGUCAAGAAAUGAAUAGUCGCUGAAUGCAGUUUUAAAUUCUUAGUGGUAUCGAUGUUCUUGGAAGCUGAAUAAUACAACUGAAGCGCUUCACUUGCGGAUUUGGAGUUUACGAUUUUAUCUGCGAGGUUCGACUGAAAGGAUGAAAACGAGGCAGCUGAAGAGAAGACAGGAGGAUUUCUGGAGCAUGAGAAAUUGGUUUUAAUGGCGGAAAUCUUCAUCGUCGCGCAGGCAAGGUGAUUUCUUCCAUGAAUCAGAUUCAUCUGCCGUUAAUUAAUUCUUUGAUCCAAGUCUCAGCCCAAAGUUGCUCUUGCUCCUGCUAUGAAAUCACAACACUUUUAAUCAUAUACUUAGAAAAGAAUACAUUACUAAAAUACCCUCUUAUUUGAAAAUAAUUAAUGAAGUUGUAAACUAAGAAAAGGAUCGAUGGUUCUCGGAGUUUUUCAUAACCUUCUUUACUCAUUAGCCCUCACCCACCCAUGCUUCCCUCAUACGUGCCUAGCCUUAGGCCCCUGUAUAUCUGACAACUAGGUAUGACAAUUGAAAGAGUUUUGACCAUAAUCUCAUCCAAACCCUUAAGAAUCGGUAAUGAUCCAUAGACGACCCUUUUAAUAAAAGGGUUAGCGGGUAAACGAAUCAAAAACUAUGCUCCAAACUCAUAUAAUUCUUAAGAGUUUUUCAUAACCUUCUUUACUCAUUAGCCCUCACCCACCCAUGCUUCCCUCAUACGUGCCUAGCCUUAGGCCCCUGUAUAUCUGACAACUAGGUAUGACAAUUGAAAGAGUUUUGACCAUAAUCUCAUCCAAACCCUUAAGAAUCGGUAAUGAUCCAUAGACGACCCUUUUAAUAAAAGGGUUAGCGGGUAAACGAAUCAAAAACUAUGCUCCAAACUCAUAUAAUUCUUAAGAGUUUUUCAUAACCUUCUUUACUCAUUAGCCCUCACCCACCCAUGCUUCCCUCAUACGUGCCUAGCCUUAGGCCCCUGUAUAUCUGCAACUAGGUAUGACAAUAGAACGAGUUUUGACCAUAAUCUCAUCCAAACCCUUAAGAAUUAUAUGAGUUUGGAGCAUAGUUUUUGAUUUGUUUACCCGCUAACCCUUUUAUUAAAAGGGUCGUCUAUGGAUCAUUACCGAUCCACUCCGUUUAUAACCCCCCCCCCCCUCCUAUAAAUUUUAGAAUUAUAAGUUUAUAUUUCAUACUGCGUAAAGUUUAAUUUUAAUUUCAAUAGAAAGUCCAAAGGGCAAAAACUAAAGUUCAAACUGUUUUUACAUAAGACUCAAGGAGUCGACUUAUAGACUUCCAGUUUUCUACUAAGAAUUAUGAUGUCAUUUAUCAACCGGAAAAAAUUUUGUAAUUGCUAUUCUCUAUCACUACAAUCGACAGUCAAAAAUCAAUCAAAAGUUACUACAAUAGUGAUUUUUAAUUCCAAUCGAAAGUCCUCGAGUACGUAAUGUGUUUUCUAAAUCAACAUUUGUUCUAUUUAAGAAGUAUUAUUUUAAUAUUUAAGUAAAAUGUGUUUGAUAAUUCAAAAAAACAUACGGGUUACGGGGCGGGUUUGGAUAGUUAUUGAUUCGGUGGAUAAGAGUAUGAGUUAGAUUAUUCAAAACCUUAUGGGUUACAGAGCGGUUUUGGAUUGGAUUUUGAAAUUAGUUAAAAGGGUUUGGAUCAAAGUCGAUUCGCUCCAAACCCGCCCCAUUGUUAGGUCUGCCUGCAACGAAGACAAUCUGCAACUUAGGUGGCAGCUAGACCACAAUCGUACAUACCACCUCCGGUGCCACGACAAUAACGCUUCGUGCAGAGUGGCACGUGAGGGCACAAACAAUUGAGGGGUAACAUUCUCUGUCUUUCCCUACCCCUCUCUUGCUUCCUUGCUUCUCUUUCUCUUCUCAUUUUUUUUCUUCGUUGGGAGUACACCGGACACCUACAGUGGUGGUGUUGUUGGUUGAUUUGGAAGCUCACCACACCAAGGAGCGUGGGGAGUAUACCGUUCAGCCUUACACCUUGAUGUCUAACCACCAUUGUUCUUGAUUUCUGGCUGCAUCUUUCUUGAUGCCCACUGGUUGUAUUUCUUCCAUUUUGUGUUAUGAGUUAUUAUAAAAUCUCAUGCAGCUCACUAUUAUAUGCCAUACUAAACAACACCGUAACUAGUGUCCGAGUCAUUCAAACCUCACCAUAUCAUUACAUCUCUCAAACAAAGAGAAUGAAAUAAAAAUCGAACAUUAAUAUUAGUGUUAUUUUUAUGAUUCGUAUGUGACUUGUCAAUGAAUCAAUAUUAAUGUUUUUUGAUCUUAUCUAUGUCAACUUUUUUGUUUUUAUAUUGAAAUUUUUUGAUACUAAGGCGAUGGUUGGUUUUUUGUGAGGCAAAAUGUAUAUAGUUUGCGGACCACAUCUACAGACCUCUACAGUAGAAGAGGUGGACCAAAC